AAAAUAACCCUUACAAUAAUUUAUUGAAGACUCUUAAAGUUGGAUCUAAAGAAUAUAAAUAUUAUGAUAUUUCCAGCUUUGGAAAGAAAUAUGAGUGCUCUUAGAAAGUGCUGUCAGAAAUUGUGACAACUUUCAAGUGAAACAGAGCGAUGUAGAAAAAAUUUUGGAUUGGGAAAUUAACCAGAGUUCUAAGGAUGGAGUAGAAGUAGCUUUUAAACCUGCACGAGUAAUAUUGCAGGAUUUUACUGGAGUGCCUGCUGUAGUAGAUUUUGCAGCAAUGAGAGAUGCUGUUAAAAGGUUAGGAACUAGUCCGGAUAAGAUAAAUCCUAUUUGUCCAGCAGAUCUUGUUAUUGAUCAUUCAAUACAAGUUGACUAUGUUAGAAGUAAUGAUGCUUUAAAAAAAAAUGAGGAACUUGAAUUUGAAAGGAACAAGGAACGAUUCAUGUUUCUAAAAUGGGGAGCCAAAGCAUUUGAAAAUAUGUUGAUCGUUCCUCCAGGAAGUGGAAUAGUACAUCAAGUGAAUCUAGAGUAUUUAGCUAGAGUUGUAUUUGAUACAAAUAGUUUACUUUAUCCAGAUAGUGUAGUUGGAACAGAUUCUCACACAACCAUGAUUAAUGGACUUGGUGUACUUGGGUGGGGUGUUGGAGGAAUUGAAGCUGAGGCUGUUAUGUUAGGUCAAGCAAUAUCCAUGCUGGUACCACAAGUUGUGGGUUAUAAAUUAGAAGGUGUUUUGAAUCAGUAUGCUACUUCAACAGAUCUAGUUCUUACAAUUACAAAGAACCUUCGUCAAAUUGGAGUGGUUGGAAAAUUCGUAGAAUUCUUUGGUCCAGGUGUGUCUCAAUUGAGUAUAGCUGAUCGUGCUACGAUAUCUAAUAUGUGUCCAGAGUAUGGCGCUACAGUUGGAUUCUUUGCAGUUGAUCAGCAAAGUUUAACAUAUCUCAGGCAAACAGGAAGAUCUGAAGAACAUAUUGAUAGAAUUGAGAAGUAUCUCACCACCGUGCGAAUGUUAAGAAAUUAUGACAAUGCAAAUCAAGAUCCAAUCUUCUCAGAAAUAGUAACGUUGGAUUUAGGAACGGUUGUAUCCAGUGUCAGUGGUCCCAAAAGGCCUCAUGAUCGUGUUUCUGUGUCGGACAUGAAAGAGGACUUCAAGAAUUGCCUUACUAAUAAGGUAGGAUUUAAGGGAUUUGGCCUAAGCCCUGAAAAGGUGGACACCGUAGUUAUGUUUGAGUUCGAAGGCAAGGAUUAUAAACUGAGACACGGUUCGGUGGUCAUUGCUGCAAUUACUAGUUGUACUAACACUAGCAAUCCUAGUGUCAUGCUUGGAGCAGGUCUUCUUGCUAAAAGAGCAGUCGAAGCUGGUUUAACCGUCGCGCCUUAUAUUAAAACAUCACUAUCUCCCGGAUCAGGAGUAGUAACUUAUUACUUAGAAGAAAGCGGGGUCGUUCCAUAUUUAAAAAAAUUAGGGUUUGACACCGUUGGAUACGGAUGUAUGACCUGUAUUGGUAACAGUGGUCCACUACUGGACGUUAUAGUUGACGCCAUUGAGAAAAAUGGACUGGUAUGUUGCGGCGUACUGUCUGGUAACCGAAAUUUCGAAGGCAGAAUUCAUCCUAAUACACGAGCAAAUUAUUUAGCGUCGCCGCUUUUGGUAAUUGCUUACGCCAUUGCUGGAACGGUGGAUAUAGAUUUUGAAAAGGAACCACUAGGUCGUCGAGCCGAUGGCACUCCCAUAUUUCUUCAGGAUAUUUGGCCGACUAGAGCAGAAAUUCAGGCUGUAGAACAGAAACAUGUUAUUCCAGCUAUGUUUAAAGAAGUUUAUAGUAAAAUCGAGAAAGGUAGCAGUAGCUGGGCUUCUUUGGUAGCUCCUGAAGGUAAAUUAUAUCCAUGGGAUGAAGAAUCUACAUACAUUAAAAAUCCACCGUACUUUGAUAAUUUGCAAAAGGAGCUGCCAAAAAUAAAGCCAAUUAGUAAAGCACGUGUUCUCUUGAACCUUGGAGAUUCUGUUACAACAGAUCACAUUAGUCCAGCUGGAAGCAUCGCACGCAAUUCUCCAGCAGCACGUUAUCUUGCGAGUCGGGGAUUGACGCCAAAAAAUUUUAAUUCUUAUGGAUCUCGUCGAGGUAAUGAUGCUGUAAUGGCACGGGGCACCUUCGCUAACAUUCGUUUGCUUAACAAAUUUCUUGGAAAAGCUGGACCACGUACAAUUCACAUUCCUACUAAAGAAGAGAUGGAUGUUUACGACGCAGCUGAAAAAUACGGUAAAGAUCAAACACCCUUAAUCAUUCUUGUCGGCAAAGAGUAUGGAUCAGGAUCUUCAAGAGAUUGGGCUGCGAAAGGGCCAUAUCUCCUUGGAAUUAAAGCAGUUAUAGCUGAAUCUUACGAAAGAAUACACAGGUCAAAUUUAGUAGGUAUGGGUAUAGUGCCAUUACAAUAUCUACCUGGACAAACUGCGGAGACCUUGGGAUUGACCGGUUAUGAAUUAUACGAUAUAGCAAUUCCCGAGAAUUGUCAGCCUGGUCAAAAAAUUACCGUUACCACUGACGAUGGCAAAAAAUUCGAAGUAAUUACACGAUUUGACACCGAAGUAGACCUAACGUACUUCAGACACGGUGGCAUUCUGAAUUAUAUGAUUAGAAAAAUGCUUUGAUAUGAUGUUACUAUGUCACUGUAAAAUGUUACUUAACGGAAUACUUAAUUUUGGGUUUGGAUUUGCAGCAUAUAAUGUCUGAUUGUAUCCAUAUCCUUUAUGAAUAAGACAAAUAAGUUAUAUAAAUAAAAUAAAAUAUUGUUUCUUUAUUACAAAUCGAAUAACGAAGUGAAGAGACAAAGAUAUCAAAUUAGUUGGAUAAAUAUAUUUAUUUUCGUGUAUUACAAAUACUUGUCUUAAAGUGCUUCGGGUGUUGUG